AUGAAACUCUGCUACUGCUGUAUUUUCUUUUUGGAACGUGCAAGAGCAAGUGGCUACAGUUUCAAAUUUGUUUUAUACUGUGGAAAGGAUCCAGAAGAUAUUGCAAGGGAUGACCUACUAUUGGGACUAAGAGUACUCCUAAACAUGUUGGACUGCAUUGAAAAACCCGAGAAUCACUGUGUGUACUUUGACAAUUUCUUCACUAGUAGAGAUCUUCUGAUUCAUCUGGGAAAUUUGGGUUUUCGAGCAACUGGGACUGUCAGAGAGAAUGAAGUUGGUGACUGUCCACUAUUCGACAGGAAUGGUGAAGUCUUAUUUGUUCGAUGGCAUGACAACAGAUGUGUUACAAUUGGUACAAAUUUUGACCAAGCUGAACCUUUGGGAGCAGCUACCCGGUACAGUAGACAAGCAAGUAAGGAGACACAAGUGCUACAACCUGCUGUUUUGAAGUCAUAUAACGCGUACAUGGGAGGUGUUGACGAUCAUGACUGGAUAGUUGGAAAAUAUGCGAUGAAUUUACUGGAUUUCAGACGUGCUGUUACAGUUACAUACCUGAAAUUGGACACUGGAAGACCGAAUAUUGGACGUCCAAUGGAAUACCCAUCAAGUCAGUUGAGAGUGAUACCAGACAUCAGGUCUGAUGGAAUUGGUCAUAUGAUUGACAAAAGACGCAUGCAAAGAAGAUGUUUUAGUAUGGUAUACGAUACUGUUAGAUCCCAGUGUCCUAUUUUGAGGACAGCCAUUAUAUCAGGAUGUAUAAAUAUUCUUUGGCUAUUUUUGUACUUACUGUGGUUCAUACACUAUGUACAUUAUAAUAAACGAAUAAAAGAUUCAAUUUAA